AUGCGAACGACCAUUGCGUGUGAACGGAAAUCAAAAGUGAAAUGCAUUCACGACGGGACCUCACCUUGUCAAGGCUGUGAGAAGGCUAAGCUCACGGAGACAUGUGUUCUCCAGGGCCCUUUUGCCAACCGACCUCCUGGUGAGAGCCUCGUGAAAUCCAAGAGAAAACCCACGCCUCUUGCAGGCACUGGAGAAGAAAGAAGACGCAAAAUACCCCGAUUUGAGUCCAGUACUGUCUCAGAGUUCUUUUCUUCCGUCCCGACCGGACUCAUAAACGAGGCAGUUUCCAUACUCCGACUCAAAUUCCCCGAGUAUGGAUUCAUCCAACCUCCCUCUCUCGAGCCCAAGCAUGACCAGCCAGAUAUUGAAAAACUCAGGCUCCUGGCAAUUCUUGCAGUCGCGUCUCGCUAUAUGCCCAACCAGAGUCUAGAGCAAUCCGAACAGUACGCCGCAUUCGUGCGACAGGACCUGUUGCUCCACGUUGCAUCACCUCCACGUCUGAGUAUCAUCCAAGCUUUCUUAGUGCUUGCUCUCUAUGAAUGGGGCGAAGGCGUUGGCUACCGCGCCUGGAUGUUUGCGGGUGUAGCCAUUAGGAUGGCGCAGUGCCUCGUCGCCACACGAGCGGAAGCAUUCGUUUCUGAAGCGAAAGACAAUGCAGAGGACCUCAGACCUUCGGAAUCAGAAAACAGAACCCUAUGGACUUGUUUCGUCAUCGACAAGUUGCUGAGCUGUGGAAGACAGAGACCCGCGAUGAUGCAUAUAGACGACAUAUCUACACACCUACCAAUAGCAGAGAGAGAAUUUGCUUUCGAUGUCGAGUCACCGCAGCACGUCACCUUUCGAGAGCUCCUAGACGACCCUAUACUUUCUAGAUCACAUGGUACCAUUGAGUAUCAAUACAGUAUCAUCGUUCGUGGAAUCAACAUCUGGGCCAAGAUUCAUAGCUACAUCGUCAACGGCGGACGCAGGCAGCAAGGUCAAAUGGACCUCGACCAGUACCCCUGGGUACCAGGCUCUUUUUGGUACAACCUUGAAAAGGAACUCUUCCGGUGGAGGGAUGAGCAGGAAGACCGCCUGAAGUACCCGAGAGCACCCGUUGGAGCCCAUGCUCAUUUCAGACACGGAGAGAUAUUCGCAUACAUCAAUCUCUUGUAUUUCCUCAGUGUCAUCUUCAUUCGUCGAGAAUGGAUACCCUUCCUGCCAGCAGCCGGUACCGGACCUAGUGGACCCCAAGACGCGCCCCAUUUCAAGACGCAGGCCCCGGAUGGAUGGUGGGACAACAACAAUCAGCUCAUGUUCGAUGCUUCUGUGCAGAUUACCCACUUGAUGCGGGACCUCAAACGGGACAACGCAUCUUUGAUCACUCCGUUUUCCGGCCUGUGCGUCUACACAUCUGCGAUCAUGCACUUAUAUCUCGACGCUUUUCCCCUCAUGAAUCUUAGCAAUAGCCAAAGUGCACAAGAAUAUGCUCGACAGAACAUCGAAACGCUAGAAGAGUUCCGCGGGAUGUGGAAGAUCAGCGAAGGUUGGUGCAGCGUCAUCGAGAUAGCGAAGUCCAUGUACCAGCGCAUCAAGUCCGACCACAGCAGCUUUACUGGCAAGACCCGAGAAGACUUUCUGCAACUAGAGACUGCUUUCAACAUCAUGGGACCGUCCAAGAAUAACGGCACACCUACCUCCACCACGAUAUCAACGGAAUCGACACCACAAUGUAACAACCCAGUAACGCCAAACGUUGUUCCUCCUACCAGGAAUACAAUGGUCUCCUACUCCGGUACGCAACCAUACAACAACGCCUGGGACGGUGUCAAUGGCAAUCAACCAUACUCUGGAAUUCCUUCGGCGACAUUCGACUUGCUCCAGAACAUCGACAGUGACAGCUGGCGAGUGUGGUCCUUUUGGGAUGACCCGAAUCUUGUACCCUUCGACAACUCUCCUAUAGAUUUCGUUGCUGAACCUCUCCUCGAUGGCUUACGGAGAUGA